AUGUCCGCCCUGCAACGCGCCCGGUCCCUGCGCAAGCCCCCGGGCCUGUCGUCCGACAAUGCAGCGCCGGCCAGGGCCCCGGCGGGCGAGCGGCCGCGCACCACCUCGCCAAGUCGCCUGCCUAUGAAGCCCACCACCACUGCCACCGCCACCACCACCUCUGCCGCUGCACGCACCGCGAACCCGGCGUCCGCGACGACGGGCACGAGAGCUGCGAGACCGGCGUCGAUGCACCUCGGCCGCACGACGUCUAUAUCCAGAUCGCAGCGGGACGGCACGGCUGCGAGCGCGCACGAAGGGGCCGCGAGACCAGCUUCGAUGUACCUCGGCCGCACGACGUCUAUAUCCAGGCCGCAGCGAGAUGGCGCGGCUGCGGGCGCUCAGGAGGGGACCUCGCGGAGGGACGCGUCGAGCCGGUAUCCCCCGCUGUCAAGCUCCAACAGGCCGAACGCCGCUGCGCAAGCACGACCGACAUCUGCGGAUAGCACGACGACGGCCUCGAGCCAGGUCCCGAGGCGGGGAGCGACGCACCAGCGAGCGAAGAGCACCGUCACGAAGCUGAAUUCCGCGACUACACUCCGACCGCCGUCGCGGGACAACCCCGCCCCAGCCACGAGAACUGCUCGCAGCUCCUCGAUAGCCAACCCCGCGCCGUCAACGCCUACCGCCGCGCCCUCGAAACAGGCUUCGGCUCCCCAAGCCCAAGUCCCGGCCCAGCCACGACUACGACCGGCGUUCUCCACCCUGCAGCAGCACUACUCGCCGGCCAAGAAGCUUGUCCCCAAACCUCUGACGUCGACGUACCUCGCGCCGCCCUCGCCGUCCAAGCUGCCCGCCAACGUUGCCGCGUCGGCCGAGACGAGCAAACUCCAGGCGGAACUCCUGCAGCUGCACCUGCUCCACCGGGACGCCGCCGAGGUGGAUGCGCAAUGGCGGGACAGCGCGCGGGAGAAGCUAGGUCGGCGCUUCGCGCGGCUGGGCGAGGCGUGCGCCGAGGUGGCGGAUCGUCAGCGCGCGGGCGUCGAACGGGACAACGUGUUGGCGCUGCGGCGAUGGGGCAGCUCCGGCAUGGGGCUGGACGAGCGUAUACAGGUCCUGGACGAGGUUUUUAGCGGCGUGUGGGCGUUGGGCGAGACGGGCGGGCGAUAUAGUCGCGUGGUGCGGCGUUUCGAGCGCUGGAUCGAGCGCGCGCAGCAGAUUGAAGCCGCCAGGGGGAGGUCUACGUUUCUCGCCCCGGACAGCCAGGACGCGCUCUUCAUCGGCGAGCUCGACGGCGCGUGGAAGGACGAGUGCGCGGGGAUCCUCCGCCGCCUCGAGGCCUGGCGCGCGCAGCUCGACGAGAUCGACGACCUCGGUGACGACCGGCGCGACCAGGCCGCCGGCGCGGGUCAGCCCCCUGGCCCGGGCACGAGCCUGGAGAGGAUGCUCCGCGGCGCGCGGCACCUCCUCGACGGCAUGCUGGCCGAGCUGCGGGUCAUGGAGGAUCUCGAGCAGGCGGCGCUUGCGAGGGAGGACGCGUGGAUCGAGGCCGUGAACAGGGAGGGGGAGGAGGGCGGCGAUGAUGGUGAUACCCCGAGGGCUGGCGCUGCGUGGAGAGUGAUUUGA